UGUGUCGUCUUUUAUUCAACAGGGAAACGACUGCAAGAAUGGAUCUGUGUCAUCUUAUGCUUCUGUCUGAUCUCUUUCAACUUCUAUAAUCUCCUCUCCUACUUGAGCCUGGACCAUACUUUCUCAGUUAUUGUUGGGAUAUUUGCAGGAAUUAUUACAGCUGACUUUCUGUCGGGAUUAGUGCACUGGGGAGCUGACACCUGGGGAUCUGUGGAGCUGCCCAUAGUUGGAAAGGCUUUCAUCAGACCUUUUAGAGAACAUCACAUUGACCCUACAGCAAUUACUAGACAUGAUUUUAUAGAGACCAAUGGAGAUAACUGCAUGAUGACACUAGUGCCAUUGGCAAACAUGGCCUACAAGUUUGUUUCUCUUUCCCCAGAAGCGCUGUACCAAACAUGCCCUUGGGAGUGUUAUGUCUUUGCCUUGGCUAUCUUUGUAACCUUAACAAACCAGAUUCACAAGUGGUCUCAUACAUACUUCGGUCUUCCUUGCUGGGUCGUCUUUCUGCAGGACUGGCAUAUUAUCCUGCCACGGAAACACCAUCGAAUCCAUCAUGUAUCUCCCCAUGAGACUUAUUUUUGUAUAACCACAGGUUGGCUGAACUAUCCAUUAGAGAAGAUUGGAUUUUGGAGAUGCUUAGAGAAUAUUAUCCAAGGAGUGACUGGGGAAAAGCCUAGAGCAGAUGACAUGAAGUGGGCUCAGAAAAUUAAAUAACUCUUAUCAACUUUCUACAGUUCUUAUCUUUGUUGCCAACUUUAAAAAAAAAAGCCAUCAGCCAAAUGCAAGACU